UGACUUCUGAUGCUGACUCCUGCUUCGACCACUAGGGAUGACCACCCAAGCCCUGAUCGUCACGCUUACUGCUUUCCCUGAGAAAUGAGACCAGAGUUAAGCAUCUUUUAAUUUAAUUUUAAUAUUUUAUACACCGGAGAAAAGUCUGAUUAAUGAUACUUAUUCAUAUUGGUCUUAUAGCCACGGCUGUCUGUGCUUGCUUUGACAGAACUCAGAGUAUAGUGACAUCCAAGAUAGGCAUUUCAGUGUCUGAAAUGCUCCUUAAAUAGAACAAACAGAUCAGCAUGACUUAGUGAUAAAAUUACCUUCUGGUUUACAGGCUCUCCAGCAUGCGACUGCACUAUAGGGAACUCAGCACACCCCUCUGUGCAUAAUAUAAACAAACAUAGUUGAGAGUAGACCCAGGUGAGACAUAUAUAAAAGGAGAGAGCAUGGAAGAAAGGAUUACUCGAGCUGCGACUGCCAAGUUAAUGAAAAAAGCUUUUCUUGAAGCUCUAAAAUCAAAUGACUACAAAACGCUGGAAGAUCUUUUGAAACAAAAGCAAAUAGAUGUGGACAUGGUGUUUGAAGUGGAAGAUGAGAACCUGAUUUUGGCAUCAUACAAACAAGGAUAUUGGCUGCCUAGUUAUAAGUUAAAAUCAUCUUGGGCCACUGGACUACAUAUAUCAGCCCUGUAUGGAUAUCUGGAGAGCCUCAUGGUACUGCUAGAUCACAAAGCGGCCGUCAACUACAAGCCAAAUGGGAAAGCUGCUAUCCACGUGGCCUGUGACGUGGCAAACGUUGAGUGCCUCACAAUCCUUUGCAACCACGGAGCUAAUGUUAACUGCUUUUCACUGAGUGGCCAUGCACCCUUACACUUCUGUACCACAAAGGCCUCUGUGCCUUGUGCCCAGCAGCUCAUUUGGAGAGGAGCAAAUGUGAACAUCACAACAAACAAUCAGGAUGAAGAGACUCCCCUGCACACAGCUGCACGUUUUGGCGUCCCUGAACUGGUGGCAUUUUACGUGGACCAAGGAGCAAAUGUUGAUGCUGUCAAUGCCCACAUGGAAACUCCACUGGCCAGUGCAGCUUACUGGGCCCUUCGCUUUAAAGAGCAGGUGUACAGCCUGGAACACCACCUAAUCUGUAGGAUGCUGCUAGACUAUAAAGCUGAAGUUAAUACUCGUGAUGAAGAUUUCAAAUCACCCCUCCACAAGGCUGCCUGGAACUGUGACCAUGUGCUGAUGCACGUACUGCUUGAGGCUGGGGCUGAAGCAAACCUGAUGGACAUCAAUGGCUGUGCCCCCAUACAAUAUGUUUUGAAAGUGACAUCUGUGCGGCCAGCUGCCCAGCCUGAAAUUUGCUACCAACUUUUACUGAAUCAUGGAGCAGCUAGAAUAUAUCCUCCACAGUUCCACAAGGUGUUGCAGGCCUGUCAUUCCCACCCUAAAGCCAUUGAGGUUGUCAUUAACUCAUACGAACACAUCAAGUCAACAUCAAGGUGGAGAGGAGCUAUACCCGAUGACGUCUUUGAGAGAACUAUGAUAGAGCACAUUUUCACCAGAAAAUUCAAGGACCAGGGGAAAAUGGUGAAUGUUUUAUUGCAGUUCUGCAUGCAUUUGGUUGAAAACUGAUUUUGGGAAAGCAAAACAUGAAAAUACCAGAGACAGUCUUUCACAGAUGCUACAAUGAAGAGAGAUCUAACUCUAGCCACAGCUAUUCAAAUAGCAAAGCAGCCUGAACUGGUGAGGCAGCAAGAACAUGGGUAACUUGCUAAACUUGACAAAUAAGACACUAAGUUGGAAGCUGUGAACAGAUGUAGCAGGAGUGCUAAAAGUCGUUACCAUAAGACCCCUGAUGAAAAGAGAGAGAAUUCUCAGGCUAAGAGGGACAAAUUCCAGAGUAAAUGCACAAGGUGUGGAAAAAGUCAUAUCCUAAGAGAUGAUGCAUGUCCAGCCAGAGACAGAUGGUGUAUUAAAUGCAAGAAGUAUGGACAUUUUGCAGCUGUUUGCCACACCAAAGCAGUCAGGGAGUUGACUCAUAUAACAGACAAUCAAGAGCCAUUGUUUCUGGGAUUUAUCAAGUAUGAAGACAUAGAGCCUCUUCCAGGAAAGUGAAAUCGAAUAUUCAUGGCAAGAUUAUUGAUUUUAAAAUUGACUCAAGAGUUGACAUCACAGUUAGCUCAGAAGGGAUUUACAGUCAUCUUCAACCCCUCCAAGGGCUUAAAUCACCUGACACAGCUUUCACUAGCCCUGAAGUAUUGUGAAUUGCAUGGGUCAGUUCACUACAGAAACAACUUACAAAGACAGAAGCUAUGUACUCAGAGUACAUGUGCUCAAAAGAUCGAAGACCAACAACUUUCCCAGCUACAGUGUGGCAGCCAUGAUGGGCCCAGUGAGAAAGGUGGAAGAUUUGGAUGGAGGAUUUGAUUAUCUUGAACUUUUGAAAGGAGACCCAGCACAAAUCCAUUUAAGAGGCAAUCUGAAGUAUACAGUGUACAAACACUUCUGCCAAAGAGCCCUUGGAAGAGACUAGUUACAGAUUCAUGCAAAUUCAGAGGACAUAAUUACCUAUUCAUUGGGAAUUGUUUUCCCACCUAUAUAGAAAUUUUGUACUUGAAAGACAUAAUAUGUCACAGUGUUAUUGAGAAACAUAAGUGCAUGGUUGCUCACAUCUGUAUUCCAGAACAACUAGUGAUGGGUGAUGGACCACAAUUCACUGCAGCAGCAUUUAAGACAUUCCAAAUGAAAUAUGAUUUUGAUCAUAUUAUUAGAAGCCCACAUUACCAGCGAACGAAUGGAGAGGCUGUGAGAGCUGUCCAGGCACCCAGGAAAAUCCUACAGUAGGAAGAUCCAGUCCUUGCUCUUCUGAGCAGAGGUGUAGUUUGACUUCUAUAUUUGGGGGGGCAGGGCCUGGCAGGGCGGGGCCAGCUCCACAUGGCAGGGUCCAGAAACGGAGCACCACCUCCACCCCCUGACUCCUCUUAGCAGGCCACCCAGCCUGUCUGGGUUGGGCAGGAGGCACAACCAAAAAUUCUAACUCAAAGGGGAAGUUGGGGGGUCAGCUCAAAAAAUUUGAAAACUACUGAAAGUAGGGUGCAUGCAGGGAGUAGCGACGGGCUGUGUUCAUUGAGGGGUGCAGCUCAGGGCACAGGGAGGGGCUAACUAGGGGCUCUGUGCCAGGAGAGCCCCCUUGUGGUUGCUGUUCCCUGAGGGCUCUGUCAACCCCAGAGCCUGGUUCUGCUCCGCCUCUGGGCAGAUCUUACCCACUGCAUGGGCAGUCAAAGGGGGCUGGGAGUUUAGGAGUAGCCACAGCCCCAGACACCAGCAGUAGGAGAUGGGGGAGCGCCACGGCUGCCUGCUCCAUGGCACCAGCCAGAGAAGCAGCCGCUCUGCACUGCCCAGCUCUGGUUUCCUGCCUCUGACCUGACAAUGGUGUGGAGUGUCAGGGAGGGGAAGCAGAAGAGAGCGUGUGUGUGUGUGUGUGUGUGUGUGUGUGUGUGUGUGUGUGUGUGUGUGUGUGUGUGUGUGUGUGUGUGGCUGCCCCUGGACCUGCCUCACUGUGGUUAAGGCACUGCAGUUUGGGGGGACAAUGCCCCCACCAUGCCUCCCCCAAAUGCUGCUCAUGCUUCGAGUUACAGAUCAACACUAAUAGUGGCUACUGGAUAUAGUCCAGCACAAUUCAUGGUGGGAAGACAACUCAGAAUUACUGGUCCUAUUUUGGAAAAGAACCUAGCUCCAUAGUGGCCAGAAAGAGAGUAGCCAAAUUGGAUAAAAAGGUUAAGUGAUGUCAAGUAUCAGAGGGGUAGCCAUGUUAGUCUGGAUCUGUAGAAGCAGCAAAGAGU